CACUGGUGGACGCCGGUUUCGAUGUUUGGUUGGCCAACUUCAGAGGCAGUUUUUAUGGCCUGCGGCAUGAUACGCUGAACCCAAGGAUGCACGAAUUCUGGGAUUUUAGUUGGAACGAGAAUGGUCUCAUCGACCUGCCUUCGAUCAUUGAUUACGUAUUGGAAACUACGGGACGCGACAAACUCAUGACCAUCGGCCACUCCAUGGGCGUAACAGCGCAGGUGGUUUUAAUGUCGGAGAGGCCUUCAUAUGCCGAUAAAAUAAUAUGCAGCGUGGUUCUUGCCCCGCCUGUGUUUUUCUCAACCCCUCCUGCUGUUCUGGCAACUGUGCGCAGAUUCUUUCAAGUGCUUCCUCAAUUAAAGAAUUCCAUUGGUCGCAAUGUAGUGAACGACAAGUUGCCUUUUACGGAACAGUGCAUGAUUCCGUACUGUUUUUCUCAGUCUAAUAACAAGUUCAGCGACAUGUGUAGAGCUGCCAUACACCUAUUAAUGGGGAAGCCGCAGAAGAGAAUGGACAAUGACUACGCGCUGAAAAUGCUUGCGCAUUUUCCCGGAGGAGCCUCCAUACGACAAGUUCUGCACUACCUGCAGGUUGUAGAGUCAGCGCGCAUAUGCCAAGCACACUACAAAUCCAAAGGUGUCUUUAAGAAAUAUGACUUUGGUUCCGAAAAGAACCUGAAGCUGUACGGGUCUCCCCAUUCUCCUGCUUACAACUUGAGUGCCAUCACGACUCCUAUGCAUGUUUACUAUGGAACAUCAGAUGGUCUCGUCAGUCCCGUGGAUGCCCAGAAAUUUGUGGACACCUUUCCCUCUGUAAAGGAAGUCCACAUUUUACCCUACAACCAUGUUGACUUCGUUCUCGCUGACGACGUUGGUGAAACUCUUAUAAGGCCUAUUGUUAAAACUCUCUUGAAAUAUAUUUGAU